GAGUCUAUGAAUGGCAAAUAUAAGAUCUUGGAAUCAAAUGUGGCCAUCUUUUCUUGUCAAGCAGUGGUUUUGCAUCAUCAGUAAAUACUUGCAAGAACACAAAUUAUCAAAGUUUUCUGCCUCCUCCAUACCAGAAUAUAUCCAAUAUGAUAUGCAAACCUGUAUGGCAUACAUAUGAAUUGAGGUAUCUUCAAAAUGAUCAAACAACAAUCAACAACUAUCAUAUUAUCUGCUCCCUACACUCUAGGAUGGGUUGGAAUUGGAUUUUCAAAAGAUGGCAUGAUGGUUGGUUCAUGUGUGAUGGUUGGAUGGAUUAACAAACACGGCCACGCGAAAAUCAAGCAGUUUUACUUGCGCACCAAGAAACCGUCGGAAGUCUUAGAAGACAAAGGUGAACUGCCACUAAAUAAUUUGCCUGCAGCAGUGGCAACCAAUGGAGCUGAAAUUCAUUUGGCUUUUCAGUUGGAGAUGGAAACUCCAUUGGAGAGGCAACAAGUUCUUUUGGCUUUUAGUAUUAAAUAUCCAAAGAACAAUAACCAUCUCUCCAAGCAUGAUGACAAAACAUCUUUUGUAUUUGAUUUUACUUCAGGUUCUAAGGGCCCUUUAUCAUCAUCUAAUGAGUUGAUUCAGAUGAGGAAGAACCAUGGAAUUGUAGGUAUAAUAGGAUGGGGUCUAAUCCUACCUAUAGGGGUGAUCAUUGCUAGAUACUUCAGGCAUAAGGAUCCUCUGUGGUUCUAUUUUCAUGCAGCCAUUCAAUUUGUUGGAUUCACAUUUGGUCUUGUUACAAUCAUUCUUGGAUUGCAACUCUACACCAAGAUGAAUGCUCAUAUAUCAGCUCACAGAGGCAUAGGCAUUUUUGUCUUUGUACUAAGCAUUCUUCAGAUAUUGGCUUUAUUUUUGAGACCAAACAAGGAUUCAAAGAUUCGAAGAAUCUGGAAUUUGUACCACAAUUGGUUUGGAAGGUUGGCAAUGGUAUUUGCAACCAUGAACAUAGUGUUGGGAAUACAAGCUGCUGGGGCAGGAAAAGAAUGGAAGAUAGGCUAUGGAAUCCUUUUUGGUAUAACAGUUGUUGUAGCCAUUGUUCUUGAAGUAUUAGCAUAUUUGAAAAGACAAGAGAUGAAAUAUUUGCCUCCAAACUUCCAAAUAGACCCUUUUAGAGGAGUAUCUACAUUUCCAACUCAUCUUUAG